CACAAAUAUUUUCGAAGGUUGUAUCGACCGUUUCAUGAUCUUGCAAAUAAUUUGACGUUUAUUUCCAACUUGCAGUCUUUUCUUUGGUGAUCACUGAUGUAUGUCUUCAAUCUGAACAAAGUUGAUUUGUUUUUGGUCAACUAUUUUACAAGGAAAUCAUGACUUCAGAAAACUUAAGACACUUGGCUGUCCUUCAGUCGGCAACCAGUAUUGCUCUUGAGAUCAACGCCCUAGAGGCCAUUAAAUCCACAUUCACCCAGACGGACCUCAGAUCCUCCCUCGAUCUCGAAGAAGAAUUUCUCAACUUUGCCUCAAAGAACCUUGGUGAUGAGGUCUUCGAUGACCCUUUUCCAAUAUCAACCCCAGAGCGCGUCUUUCCUGGACAGCGUGAUCUUGAUCAGUUCACAUGCUACGUGUUUAGACGUCGGUAUGGUUGGUCAGAGGCAGCCACAAGCACGGGCAAGGAUGAUGUGGUUGGUGGGUAUGCAGAGGGUCUAGAAGGCACGGGUGUCAUGACCGCACCCCAGCAGAAGAACCAGGUCAUACUCAAGAGCAGACUCAAUGAGUUGCUCGAUGAAUUUGUGAGAUGGUACAUGGCACAAGCAGUAAGCAAACCACUCCUUCACAGUUUUCGGCAUACCCUUGCACAAGCUGCAGACAAACCGGUGGUCAGAAACCAAACAAUCAUCCACAGCAUGGACUGGCUGAAGCUACACAAGUCCAACGACGGCAUCCAUGACAACUAUGCUGACAUAGCAUCUCUGGUCAUGGUCGGUCUGACGGACAUCUGGUCGGCCAUCAGGAAGGCCUGUGUGUCCAGGCUGCCCAGUAUUCUGGCCAGCUUGACCGUUGAAGAAGCGGAGAAAUUCUUUGAAACCUUGGCCAAGAUAUGUCAGAAUAAUGAGAGCAGCUGGCAGUCUGUAGAGGGAGCUCUCAUGGCAAUCACCUCGCUGCUUCGGAGGUUCCAGUGGAUCAGCCGUCAACCAGUUGAACCUUUCUUUCAGGGGCCUGUGGAUAAAAACAAGUACUUUGUGAAGUUUGGCAAUGAAGAACUGAGUAACAUUCCAUCGUUCAUCACAAGUCGGAUGCAUUCCAUUGUAUACCCUCUUCUAGCCCAUCAACAGCUAAGCGUCAGAGAGUGUGCCAUUAAGGCGUUCACCUCGUUUCUUUCAAAAUGUGAAUUUCAGGAAGCCCUUUCGUCUUUCUCUGAUGCCAUAUCCAGAUUGGACCAAGGCUCGCAUCUUCUCUCUUCGUCAAAUUCAGACACCCAAGGCAGGCCAUGUUAUCAGGUUCCUCACCAGGCUGUGUUGAAGAAAGACUUCAAGUUUCUCAAUGCUUACGAGGCCGAAGGCUUGCUUGGAGUAUGUCUGUAUCUGGUCAAACACAUUCCCCCUGGCUUUCUGCUACCCAAAUGGCCAUUCUACUUCUCGGUGUUCAGCUUAUAUCUCAUGCAUCCUGCGUCCACGGUCCGGCAAGCCACCAGUGAACUCUUCAGAUAUCUAGUGGUCAAGGACUGCAACAACUCUGCCCUGCUGAAGCUUGUGCUGCAGGGUCUCAGCGCCAACUGGGGCAUCAGCAUCAAGUACAUGAGCCAGCCUGCCCACACCCUCUCCCACUUCCACACCCUGUCACAUGACCACUCAAAUCCCACCGCUGCCACCGCUUUCAACACCACCUCAGCAGACGUGCGGCAGGAGGUGCCUACCAGUGAUUCUCAAGGAAGGUCACAGAUGAUCAACAAGAUGGAGGGUCACAGGGUCAAUGUUAACGUGACCCGAGGUGAACAGCCGCCGGACGAGACUCUGGAGGGGUCACGACCCCGGGCAGGAACUAUGGGAGAGGUCACGUCUCAGAGUCCAAGGCAAAACAGGCGUAGGCAGCAACCGUUCUACGGCCAGGGCAAGGCUAUCAGCAUUGUCAAUGUCAGUCAACUUGAAGGAGAUUUCUCAACAGUGCCCGUUGACAGUGUUUUGUGCAAAGCAUGGGAGUGGAGGGAAGGCAGGCUCUUUGCCUAUGAGCUCAUCAUGAAGUUCCUCAUCGUGAACCACAUCCACUACCUGUUCCCUACAUUUGCCAUGCAGCCGAUGAAGUUCAACGGAGCCGCUUCGACGGAUGAAUCCAUCACUCCAAGCCACAAAGCAAACAAAGUACCUCAAGGCAAGCCACCUAUUCAGAAGAGUUUAAGCCAUGGAGGUGUGUCACUCAGACAGGCCUGGCUCAAGAAACCGAGUGACACUUCAUCACCGGACGACUCCAGCAUUCAUACUACUGGUGCUGUUGUCUGCAAACCCCCCACCCCGCCCCUAGGUGCAUCCCCACCCAUCUCACCCCCUGUUCACAAGGGAUCGCCUGAUGAGGUUCUCUCAAGAGCUGGAAGUGAAAGGAGAAAAAGUCGACUGGAGAACAAGAGACAAUCUCACAGCAUUUCUACCCCCUCUUUCAAACGGCGGGCAUCUCAAUACUCCAGGAAAAUGUUACAGAGGGCUCAAACCAUGGCAGAAGGGACAUUUUUCAACCAGCCAAUCAUGAAGCACUACUCAUUCCCAAGUACUGCAGAGGGGAACCUACCGGGGGGUAGGAGGGCAAGCCAUGGCCUGAGUGGGACCCUCUCCCUGCUGGGGAAAACGCACGACACGGAUAAGAAUCUGAAAAUUCAGACCAGGAACUUGUUAGAAGAGUCCAAGAGCACCUUGAAUGAGCCUAUCCAGCAAUCAUCAUUGUGUACAAAUGAUGAAGAGGAGAUUACCCUCUCAAGUGAAGCCAGGCAUCUCCUAAAAACCUACCACUCUCUCGCCAGGAAUGACCGAGAUGCAUCCAAGACAUCCACACAGUUGCCAUGGUUACAGGAUCUUCAUCUGGAGUCGCUGACCAACAUCCUGCAUCAGAUCAUGCUGCAGACAGUCAACUCCCUGGCAAGCAGUAGAUGGGAACUCAGGAGGAUGAGCCAACAGGCCCUGCCCCUGGUAGCAGAGUGUCUCCGCUGGUACCACCCAGAGACCCUGGUCAACUUCUGGAAGGAGUGCCUGACCUCAGAAGCCAGUCUCCUCUGCUACGGUGCAGCCCUCACACUCAAGCACAGCAUCCAACAUGCAAACAGGAUGAUGCAAUACCUACAGCAACCGGUCUCAGGGUGGAGGCGUGACUCAAAUACUUGCCGUCAGGUCUCGGCCUCCAUCGUAGUAACCGUCACCCAGGGUCUUUCUGGCUAUGUUGGCAUCGCCAAGCAGCUCAUGGAGAGAGAGGUCAUUGACAAGCUUUCUGUUGUUGCCAUGGAGAUCCUCCUCAUCUCGCUGGCCCACUUUGAAGAGGAACUAGAGCAGGAGAAAUGUUCCCUUGAUGAGGCGCUACACCAGUUCCAGACCCGGAUCUUUAGCCACGCCCAUCCUGAGAGUGAGGUCUGCACUCAGCAAGCCAAGUUCACCAAUGCUCAUGAUGUGCUCAUGCCUUUAGAUGGAUUCUUAUGUUGUUGCCUACGUGAUGAGAAUGCAGCCCCUCACAUCAGGCAGCUGGAACGCUACGUCCUGCGAGAGACCCACUGUCUCAUGCUGGACUACCUGAGGCGUUGUAGUCCUGGUACAGCCUGCCAAACCUUACCUCUGUACCUGGCCCUGCUCCAGGACUACCAGCAAGACGAGGACAUCUCAAAGACAUUACUGGAUGGAUGCUGCUUACUGGUCACUGUGGUCAAAGGUCACAUCACAGAGAAUGGCAAUGCAGAGAUUCCCAAGGAUUUUAAUCACCACCUAGAACUAUCCCUGGCUCAAAUUGCUUCACUGAUCAAGCUCAAGACCCUUGAUUUAUCCACCUUGAGGCAGAUGCUAGAGAUGUACCAGGACCUCAGUCUGUGCAUUCAGUCCGCCACACAUCUCCAGAAACUCUUUUCUGCAGUAGCCUCAAGAUUAGAUCUCAUGCCCUUGACCAAAGCAUCUCUAAACCCGGCCGAGGAUAACAAUAGACUGGUACUGUUUGCGUCCAACGACAUCCCAGCCAGUCCUGUCGAUACCAUGAGGAUCUCUGAUGAUGAGGAUGAUGAAGAUGACAGAAAGGGUUCCACCAGCCAUCCCCUGUCCGAGUCUCUGGCCCUGAACGCCAGCGGUGGUAGCGGUCAGACACCACGCCUAUCAUCCGGGAGUGACCAGACCUCUAGGAUGGCAGGGGUUUCCCCCUCUCCGGGGACAGACCUGGAGGAUGAAGAUUCAGACUGGGAUAGCUGGGAUGAAGAUGAAGAGGACCAGUCUGUCUUUCAGGAGGCCAUGUCAGAUUUCCUUCGCCAACUUCAGGGAUAUCUGGGAUCCGACACAUUCAAUGCCGAGCUAAACCAUUUAAGUAGCGUUGAGAGACAGUUCAUCAGACGCUUGCUCAGCAGCUGAGCCACCUCUUCCAAGACCUUCCCCCUCUCCUCCCCCUCCCCCAAUCCUUCAGUUAUCUCAUUCCAACUGAAGCAGAUUCAUCUGUAUUGUUAACACAUGAUACAGCAGUGGUCUCGUAACCAGGAAGUCCCGGGUUUGAAACCAAGUCGAUGCGUUGGUGCCUUUUGGUAAGGCGUUAAUCCUCAUCACCAGGUCCCUCAGAGAGGACUUAAAGUCGUCAGUCCCCUGGUUGCUUACUUACUUACAAGCAUGCUGUCUUAGCAGCGAACCAGUCUGAUUGGUUGGGCUCUUUGGGACUCUCCCUUGCAGUCACUACAAUCACCAAUUUUCUGUUGGUAAAAUAUAUUACAACAAAAAGAAAUUAAUAAAUAAUAAACACUCCUUUCCAGUAUGAGUUAACUCUUGCACAUUAUUCAAAGAGUCUGUAUGGCAGUGGGCUAUUAUUAAAGACCAUGAGUGAGUUUGUGGCUAUCAUAUAAAUGGAUAUCAUAAAAAAAG